ACAGCAGUAUUCAAAGUAGCUUGUCCUCUCAACAGCACUUAAAACUACGAUGUGAUCAGAUUUACAAACCUCGGUGACAGAAAUUAAAUAUUUCUCAGGGCACAAGGACGGUGGGUGCCUUCGCCUGCCAGCAAUGGCAUAUAAAAGCUGGACGCUGGGGGUCUGUGAUCAGGGAUCCUUUGCUGGUAGAGUAGGAGAGGGGAAGAGUUAACAUUAGACCAUUUUUCUGGAGCACGUUUUUUUCCCCCCUGGACAUUAUCGAGUCAACGAUUUAUUGUGGCUAUGAAGACUCAAUCUCAGGACGCUCCUGUACAACAGCAGGAGUACUUAAAAAAGCAAAGGGAUAUACUUGCUUACCAAAUGAAAAAGCUGUCAGCAAAGCAAGUACAUUUCAUUGAAAAGACAACAGAACUGAAAGAAAAGAUCAGGAGGAAGUAUGACGACAUGAAGCGAGUGCUGGAUGAGGACCUGCGAAUCACAAUGUGCCAGCUAGACAUGGAGCAAGAGGCUAUGGAGAGAGCCACUCAGGAGAACAUAGAAAAGUGCUACCAACUAAUGCAGGACCUGGAGCAGCAGCUGUCUGAGAUUGUCAAACAGCUGGACCAAGACAAAGCACACAACUUGGACAGGAUUUCAGAAACAGAUAGAAGGAUAAUGGACACUUUGAAGAUGACGGAUCCAGAGUGUAUCCACAUGGACAACUUUAAGAAUGAACAGUUGUUAAGUUUAACUAUUAAUUUACUGCUGUUCAUCCGCUCACAGGUUCCUGUUACCAAGAAACUCUUCCAGAGCUAUGCCCAAGAAGUGGUUCUGAACCCUGAUUCUGCUCAUCCGAAACUCAUCAUUUCCCCAGCAGGAGAUUCAGUUAAGUACACAGACACCUGGCAAGAAGUUCCUGAAAACCCUUCCCGCUUUGACACCACCCUGAACGUGUUAAGCCAAGAAGGUUUCAAAGAAGGGCGCAAUUACUGGGAGGUGCAGGUCAGUGGCAAAACCUACUGGGAGCUGGGACUCACCUAUCCCAGUAUCCCCAGGAAAGGUCGUGAGGAGCAAUGCUGGCUGGGGCGUGGACCCGAGUCCUGGUGUGUAGAAUACUUUAAUGGUAACUACACUGCUUGGCACAGUGGGAUUCCCCAUGAGCUCACCCAUUUAACCGGGAGGCAAUUCCAACGUAUCGGGGUCUUCUCCAGCUCGUACGGAGGACUCGUGUGUUUCCUGGGCGCAGACACCAUGACCCCGUUCUACAGCUUUUGUGCAGGUACAUUUACAGAUACGCUUCAUCAAGCGGUCUGUCCUGGUCAUGAUAACCAGGGUACCAACUGGAAACCACUACUGAUCUGUGAUGCCUCAAGGUCUGCGCCCACUCUGUGAUGGGGAAAACCUGAGAGGACAGAGUGGUCAAGGCUGAAUAAACUCAAUAAAAGCAACUGUGUACAGUAUAACAGUGUGAUUUGAAUUAUGUAAAAUAUCAAUAAAAGGAU